ACAGAAAUCCACAACGAAUCAGUCGUCGAACGAACAGUAUUCUAUAUGGAUAUUCUAGGCAAUCGUAGUUCUUAAUUCUUAAAGAAAUAGAGUUUUGACGGAAUUUAGCAGUGUUUUAGAAAUGAUCAAGACGGGAAUGACAGAAUCCCAAUGUCCACACAAGGAUCCCAUCGACGAAGAUUAUGAAGAUGAAUUCAACGAACUGAGACGUAACCCAAUAUUCACAGAAAGAAAAGUUACGCGGCUUGGUCUUCCGGUAACAAGAGAAAGAACCUCCAUUAAAUCUCUAAUAAGAUUCAUGAAAUCUGUUGUUGGUAAGGACUUGACUAAAGUAACAAUGCCAGUACACUUCAAUGAACCACUGUCUUUCCUUCAGAGACUAGCAGAAGAUUUAGAGUAUGCUGAUAUAUUAAACAGGGCUUGUGUGUCAAAGAAUUCCUUGGUUAGAAUUGCACAUGUGGGAGCCUUUGCUUGUUCAACAUAUUCAACCGUUCUUUCAAGAUUUUGGAAGCCAUUUAACCCUUUACUUGGAGAAACAUUUGAAUUUAUCAACAGUGAUUUGGGCUAUGCACUUAUAGCAGAACAGGUAUCCCAUCAUCCCCCAAUCUCCGCGCUUCAUGCAGAGUCUGAUCACUGGGUGUUUUGGCAAGAGUAUAGCCUGGACACUAAGUUUAGAGGACAAUUCUUUAAAGUCAUACCAACUGGAACAUGUCAUUURAAAUUUAAAACCAAUGGACAUCAUUUUUCAUGGAAAAAGCCCAUUACAACUAUACACAAUAUCUUGGUUGGCAGUUUGUAUGUGGAUCAGGAAGGGGACGUCCUAGUUACAAACCACCAAACUAAAGAAACUUGCACGAUGCACUUCAUGCCUGUCAGGAAAGUGCAGGAUAAAUUCAAAGUUCUCAAAGGUGAAGUCAAAGAUGCAGAAGGUAAUAUACGAUAUGUUAUUGAUGGCCACUGGGAUCGAUCUCUUGAAUGCCGGCAAGUAGAUGGAGAUCUGAAUACCGCUGACCCAAUUGAUUUGUGGUCAGUAAAUCGAAGACCGGACGACUCGUACAAGAUGUAUGCCUUUACAAAUUUUGGGAUUCAGCUAAAUGACCCCGACUACGGUCAAUCGUGUCCAACUGACUGUCGAAACAGGCCGGAUAUACGACAUCUAGAGGAUGGAAAGAUCGAUGAUUCCGCCAAAGAAAAACAUCGUUUGGAGGAAAAACAAAGAGCAGCAAGACGAGAUCGAGAGACGUCACAAGAUGCGUGGACACCAAGGUGGUUUGUACCACGUGAGGAUCCCUACACAAGAACAUUUGUAUAUGUGUAUAAGGGCGGUUACUGGCAAAGUCGAUGUCGUGGACAUUUUGACGGCAUUCCCGGUAUCUACUAACACAUUUCAUUGCGGUUGCAUGCAAGUCCAACGGAUCAGACAAUGGUUUUCCAUCUGCCAAUCAUUGGUCGCUUCAUCCUAUGAGAUGGAUUAAGACCGAUGAUGUCUCAGCAUUUCUAUAUUUGGAUGGCUGCGCCACCUGGCCAAACAUGGCCGUAAAAUGCACGUGCUACAGAUCAAUUAUUUCUGGCGAUAUGUAUUCGAUGCUUCUUAUAGUUUUAUUCAUUUAUGAUAUGAAUUUUAUAUCACUGACGUCAUGACCAAUCAGAACAGUUGUCGCGAAYUUGUCCGUGCGAGCGUUUGAACGUGGUUGGCUACCGCAGGUAUUCCACGCAUGUGUUAGUUCACACCCACUUGUUAUUUGUAGUUAGAUGAUUUUAUUUAAAAUGCCAACCUCCUAGUGGGAGAAGGAUGGGUGAACKRUUUAUAUAUUGAGGGGAAGAGAGAGCGUCGGACUAGGAGGAACACUCUAGGUGUACAGUUCAAUGAAGAAGUUUAUUUUAUUUCAUACCAGAUAUUAAGACAUUAUACAAAGUAUACCGUUAUUUAUGAGUUUAAUGAUUUGUUUUUGCACCUGAAAGUAUACACAGCAAGUUGUCAAUGGAUAUCCUAUUUUGAACAGACUUCACUCGAACGGUUUUACACUGACGAGAUAAGAUUACUGGAUAUGGAAAUACUUGAAUUCAUAAUAACAUAUAAACUUAUAUUGAUAGUUGUGAUCAGACGAAAAAGAAAACUGAAAAACAAUCGAUGCGCUUUAUUUAAAGGAGAAUGGUAUUUAUUUAUAAAGACAAAAUAUAGAGGAAAAUAAUCUGAAAGGUUGAGAUGAGUCGCACAGGAAUCCCACAGAUUGAUCAAUGRCACUAAUUGCUAAGUAUCCUUUUCCUAAAACACAAGGUCAACAUUGCUAAUUCUCUGAAUCAUCUCAAACUUUUCUGUUAGUGUUAAAUUUCCAGAGUAUUGGGAAUAUUGCUGAGCAUGCACAGAAGACCGAUAGGUCUGGAAAUAACUGCAUUAACAGUAGAGUCAUAAAAUACUGUUUUUCAAUAAAUUCUACAUUAUCUAUAGUCAGUGACGUAAGAUGGUCAUCAAUACUUGGGACUAAUACAAAGUAAAAAUUUGACUGGUAUAUAUAAUAUAUACACUCGUUUGCAACUGAUAUGAGUUAUACAUAUUCCUUCUGUCAAUCUGUUGUUUAGUUUCAAUAGGGUCCAGUCUUUGUCAGUUUUCUUUUCAUUGGGAGGCAACAAAAGACAUAUAAUUCAAAGGUUUUGCAAACGAGUGUAUAUUUAAAAAUCAAUCUUUUUACAAACGAGUGUAUAUAAACCAUAUAUACAUAUAUUAAAAUCAUUUUUUUUUGCAAACGA